AGAGACACCCAACCAAACCACAGGCGCGCUGCAGUCGUCAGCAUAAAGAUUUGGUUCACAUUUUUUCUUCCCACCGAAAAGCACAUAGAGGGGUGCGCAAGUCGUAAUCAGAGCGUGAGUCAGACGAGACUUUGGAAGUAGGUUCAACUGUCAGGGGCGUCCAUUGCGGGCCGGUUGGCCGAACUUCAACACUGGUUUGGAUCCAACCGGCCAGGAGUGCGCCUUGGUUCACUGAGAGCAGCGCGUGGAGACAGUAGGGCGGGAGCGAUCUCAGCGCACUGGCGGUCUAGUGGUGAAGAUUCCGCACUGUAGGAAAUACAUCGAUUGGUUCCUGACUGAUUUUGCCGAAGUUUAAAGACCGCGGCAGGUCUGGAAGCCGAGCGCUAAUUUGAGUCAAGCCACAGCGGGGAGCCUGCGCGCAGGCCGCCUGCGGGGCUGCGACCCGGACGGGGCACGCCCGCGGCCCCGGUCGUACCUGCGGAACCAGGCCUAAGCUCUGGGGCCCCAAAAUGCUUCUCUUCAUCGCCUUCUGUGUCCUGAUGCCGGUCCCAGCUGACUCAGCCCCAGCCAACCAUCAGUACAGUGUUUACAGUCUAACAGCUGCCCGACAGCAAAGCCCUUCGGAGGAAGUUUGUGGAGCAGGUUUCCGUGUUUCAGAGGUGAGAGGUACUAGAAAAUGUAUCUCAUGCACACGUGGAGUGAAUUUCAGCAAUCAUUCGAACGCCCCUUUCUGCUUACUCUGUAGUGUUUGCAAACCAGAUGAAGACGAGAUAAGUCCAUGCACCCUCACCAGAGACACGGAGUGUCAAUGCAAGGCUGGCACCUUCCUUGAAAGAGAUGCCCCUGAGAUCUGCCAGAAGUGCAGCACUGGGUGCCCAGAUGGGAAAGUUCAGUAUAGUCCCUGUACCCCCUGGAGUGACCUGAAGUGUGUCCCCAGAGAAGAAGGUACCAAAGCCACUGGGGAAGCCAUGGUUUCUGGAGAGCCAGUAACCACUGACCUGAAGACUCCCACUACUGCCUCUCCUUCCUCAGGCUUUGGGAUCUGGAUCGGGAUCACAGUGGUUGUAUUCUUGCUCCUGGCCGUUCUGGCAGUUAUUUUGUCGUGCAUUCCUCAAGGUUGUGGAAUGGCCUCCAAAUACGUAAACAGAGUCUUGUUCUGGUGGCUGUGCUCCCAAGAAGGGCCUGGGACUCAUGACAAUGCUCAAAAUGAGGCCCUGAGCAACAGGCUGGACCCUGAGCUGGGAGAGGAAGGCCAGGAGCAGACUGAGGUGACAGGUGACAGGGGACAGACCCCAGUGGAAGCAGAGGCUCUCCAGGUUUGCCAAAAUGCUGAAGAGUCUCAGAGGGGAUGGAAGCCUCUGGUUCCAGUGAAUGGUACAGACCCCACUGAAACUCUAAGGUCAUUCUUUGAUUACUUCAUAAAAGAAGUGCCCUUUGCUUCCUGGAAGGCAGUCAUGCGGCAGAUGGGCCUCAGAGACAAUGAGAUGGAAAUGGCCAGAGCCAGUGAAACAGAUAUCAAAGAACAGUGCUACAAAAUGCUGGUCCAGUGGCUCCAAAAGACAGGGAAGGAUGCCUCUGUCAACACCCUGCUGGAUGCCUUGGAAGCACAAGAACAAAGAAAUGCAAGAGAGAGAAUUCAGAAGAGCCUGGUGCUCUCCGGAAAGUACACUUAUAAAGAAGACAGGCCAGACACCCAAUGAUGUGUGCAAGAGAGUGAAAGAAUUGCUUCACGAAAUCAGAGUUUCCCUAGUACACUUUUUCUCCUAGAAAGGGAAGCACGAACUGUACACAUGAAGACACUCUGCCAUCAAAUACCAUACCCGAGUUCUACAACUUGGGCAGUGGACUUGGGAUCAUUUUUGUAAAAUGUUGUCUGUGAUAAGCUAAGUGUAGAAUUGUAUAGAACAUAACUCUACAUGUAGUAGUUUGUGUGUAUGUGUUGAGAUUUUAUUUAAGAACUCAUUCUUUUCAUUCAUAGCACUUUUGCAUCAGGUUAGAAAUUAAUUCCUUUCUUUGUAUUUUGUAAAUUGCAAGAUCCCUCCAUACUGGUCUAUUUAUAUUUAAUUAUGUCUAAGUAUUUCUUGAUAUUGUAUGAUGUGGAUCUUUAUUUAUACUUUUGUAUAAGAUUAUGUUGUCAUUGUUGUUAGAUGCUGUUCAGCUGACUCCACCGCAAAGCAACCUUAUGUAUAUCAGAAUUGAGAUCCUUGCUUCUAAGGAAAAUUCUGGCUGUACUUCCUCUAAGACUGAUCAGAUGCUUUUUCUGGCAGUCCAUGGUAUAUUCAGUAUUCUUGCCCACACCACAAUUUGAAUGUGUCGAUUCUUCGGUUUUCCUUUUUCACUGUCUAGAUUUUGCAUGCAUAUGAGACAAUUGAAAAUACCAUGGCUUGGACCAGGCACACCUUAGUUAUCAAAGUGAUUUUUGAAGAUUUUAAAGAGAUCUUUCGUAGCAGAUUUUCCCACUGCAAUACUUAGUUUGAUAUUGACUGCUACUCCCACAGGCAUUGUUUGUUGAUCCAGGUAAAAUGAAACCCUUGAUAACUUAAAUUUCUUCACCAUUUAUCAUAUUUUUUAUUGGGCCCAGUAUAAGAUUAUAUGCAUACAGGAAAAUUGUGGAAAUAUGCUUACUAGGUUGUUUACAGGGGUUACCUGGCUGAAAGUACCCAACCCUAUAGGACAGAGUAGUACUGACCCAGAGUUUCCAAGGAGUGCCUGGUGGAUUUGAACUGCCGACCUUUUGGUUAGCAGCCAUUGCUCUUAGCCUCUACACCACCAGGGUUUCCUGGAUGAGAGCAGAGAACCAAAAGAUGACUAGAGAUAAAAAAGGGUAUGAGGAAGUAACCCUAAUCUGUGUGUUUGCACUGGCUGAAUUUCAGUCUCUUUAAUAUGCACUUUGAACCCAGCCAGGUUUGGAUGACUGGCUGUUUCUAAAGGGACCAAUAUUUAAAACGUGACAAUUUUUAUAGGUAAAUGACUAUUUAUUUACAGGUAGAUGUUAGCAAAUUUACAGAGACUUGAGAAGUCAUAUCUAUGUGAAGCCCAUGUUUCUGGUUAGUCCAUGAGCUGGGCAGUCAACUUGGGCCUCCAUUUUCUUAUCUCUGCAUAGAGACAGGGAGAGUAGGACAUAGGGUUAGAUCUGGGAUGGAAAAUGGGUUUUAUUUUGUGUGCCAUUUAUGAUGAAUGUUAGUGACUUGGCACAGCAUCAUAUCGAGAACCUUAAGCCCCAUCUGGGCUCAGGAGAGAGAAGGUAAUGAUCUAUUCCCGAUGCCUGGCAUGGUUACAAGGAGGAGGAGUGGCUGGUGCACAUGAUUUGUGUGCAAUGUUUGCUAACCGAGGAGUAGAUGGUCUCUCUCACUUCUGGUGAUCUGUGAAUUAGAGUCCAAGAGCUGCCUUUUGGGGGUCUGAAUUGCCUAUCUGAGGAGUCUGAUCCUUCUGUAAGCAUCUGACUUCUACAUAAAAGACUGACACCUAAUCGGGCAAUUCUUAAAUACUCUGAGAAUGAACCCUAGAAAUGGCUGAUACAAUAGGGUUCUUCUGUCAUUUUUUUAUUUUGUCUAAUUUUUCUACAUUUUCAGUCCCUCUGCCAAACCUUACUCCACAGUGUUUCAGUCAUGAAAGGAUAGCCUUACUGAGGUAGUAAUCCUUGGGGAUUUUGAUCUUUUAUACUCCAAGGCUUUGUGUGUAUAUCUUUCCAGGAACUGCUGUAACUGAGCCAAAAAUAGAAUUUCCUGAAAACAUAGGCACAUCAAGUGUAUUGCAACGGGGUGGGCGGAAGAAGGAAGGGGGUGAGGGACACAUGGAGGUCUCAGAGGCUCUGUUGCUAAUAUCCUUCUCUCACUUUAACAGAGGUCCAGCUAUGCUGGCCACCUUUCAUUACUUUGAAUGCACCAAGUGUUUACUGCCUCAUUGUCUUCUGUUUGCUGUUCUUUUUGUGCAGAAUACUCUGCCCUCAUACCUUUAGAUGAAUUCAUUCAUACUUGUCCAUAAAGUUUCAGCUCACUUACCCAUUUCUCAGACAACAUCUUUCACUGCCAUCUAAAGUAUUAGCCUCAUCAGUAAGACAGUAAACAGUACUGGAGAAGUCAGCACAGCUUGGCCAAGGCAAGAUCAUGGAAGUUUCAUAGACCAUCCAAACUCCCUGAGGGACCAAAUUACUAGGCUGAGGUUGGGGACCAUGGUUCCAGGUGACAUCUAGCUCAAUUGGCAUAACAUAGUUAAUAAAGAAAAUAUUCUACAUCUCACUUUGUGAGUAGCAUCUGCAGUCUUAAAAUCUUGUGAGCAGCCAUCUCCACUGGUCCCACCCCAUCUGGAGCAAGGGAGAAUGAAGAAAACCAAAGAUACAAGGGAAAGAUUAGUCCAAAGGACUAACGGACCACAAGUACCAUAGCCUCCACCAGCACAACUAGAUGGUGCCCGGCUACCACCACAGACGGCUCUGACAGGGAUCACAAUAAAGGGUCCUGGACAAAGCUGGAGAAAAACGUAAAACAAAGUUCUAACUCAGAAAAUAAGACCAGAUUUAUUAGUCUGACAGAGACUGGAGAAACACUGAGAGAAUGGCCCCCAGACGUCCUUUUAACUCAGUACUGAAGUCACUCCUGAGAUUCACCCUUCACCCAAAGAUUAGACAGGCCCAUAAAACAAAAAUGAGACUAAAUGGGUACACCAGCUCAGGGGCAAGGACGAGAAGGCAGGAGGGGACAGUAAAGCUGGUAAUAGGAAACAAUAAAAAAUAAAAUAAAAGUAUUAGCCUCAUCAAUGUUCAUCAUGUUUACUCAUUUAUUUACAUAUCUGUCAUAUUUCUUUCACUAGAAAGUAAGCUUCAUUAAGAAUAUGGUAUUUUCUCAUUGAUUUUGUUUUUGUUGUUUUAUACCCAGUGCAAAUAGCACAUGGAAGUUAGUAAGUAUUUUUUUAAUGGUUGAGUAUCCUUUCAUGAUGCUAGGAAGAUUUCUUCUUGGAAGAAUUUGAUGGUGACAUCAAAUUCUUGUGGAAGAUUUCUUCUUGGAAGAAUUUGAUGGUGACAUCAAACAAUACAAGGAAGGCGAUUAGGUACAGGUUACUUAUGUAUUUAUGAAUUCAUGACCAAAUUAAAUAUGAAAACUUUGUAAAAAGAAGUGUGUGUGUUUUCUCCUCUAUCCUCCCUUUCUCCCUCCGAAACAGCUCUGAAUAACAUGAGUACAGGGGUAAAUAUUCCUGCUCUGGAACUCCCUGCUUCUUUUCUCCCCAAAUGCCUUUCAGCUUGUCCUGCAUAGGUAUGUUUUGUGAUUCUGCCUCACCUGAAUUUCAAAGUGCAGGUUCAUGGGAGGGGAGGGGGAGAUUGGAAUUCAGCACCUCCUCCCCCUCCCUCUGCUGCCUGUCCUUCCUUUCUGGGGAGAGGAGACACCAGCUUGGCCCAGCUCCCCCCAUCACCUCCAAGGGUUGUUUCUGUGGGUUGCACCUGGGGCUGCUGGGCUCUAGUAUGGUGUAGGUUGGCUCUGACAGAGCAGUUGAGGAAGGGGCAGUGGAUCCCUGAGAGGUUAGCUGGCACUGGUUUCUGGGGGUAGUUCUGUGGCCACUGUCCUGUCUGCUUCCUCCAGCUCCUUGGCCAACCUUCACUUUUCUUCCCACUGGCCUUUUCUCUGUCCUCAUCAGUGGACUCAGAUUGCUCAGUCUGCAAGCAGCCUGGGAGACCCAUUUCCCCUUCCCCUUGCUGUUUAGAAUCCAGCUCUCCUUACCUACAGUUCAUGGCAAGCCCUGUGGCCCAGGCACCUAUGUUUUUCCACAGAGUAAAGGUGCAGGGUGGGUGCAGUGCUUAGCUCAUCUGUUGCGCCAGUUCCUGCCCAUUUGCUAAUCAGCCAUCAAUGUAAACUCAGCUGAAGAGAGAAAGAUAAGCCAGCAGAGGCCAGCAUAUGGCUGGCUUCUCAGGUCAGUCACCCUGGACAAGGACUUGUAGGGGGAGGCAGACAUAGCUUUGAAAGUAUCUGGGGUUCAGACAAUAUCGGUGCUCAGUCACUUUAGAUCUACUUGACCUGCCAACUCCUGCUCAUCUUGAUGAAGUUUUAACCGCAAAUCUGUUGGUCUUGGCACCACGAAAUCGUUGCAGAAGUUACCUAAGUAAGUCUGGCCUUUUUUUGUGAAUUUGAAUUUUGUUCUAUGUUUUUCUCCCAUUCUCUUUGGAACGCUCUAAUGUGAGCCCACUUAGAGGGGUUGGUGGUGGUUUCUGGGCACCAUCUAGUUCUUCUGGGCUCAGGCUGGUGGAGGCUGUGGUUCACGUGGUCCAUUAGUGCUUUGGGCUGAUAUUUUCCUUGUGUCUUUGGUUUUCUUCAUUCUCCUUUGCUCCAAAUGUGAUAGGACCAAUAGAUGUAUUUUAGAUGGCUGCUCACAAGCUUUUAAGACCCCAGACACUACUCACCAAAGUAAGAUGUUGAACAUUUUCCUUAUAAAUUAUGUUAUGCCAAUUGACCUAGAUGUCCCCUGAGACCAUGGUUGCCAGCCCUCAGCCCCAGUAACUCAGUUCCUCAAGGUAUUUGGAUGUGUCUAGGAUGCUUCUAUGGCUUUGCUUUUGUCAAGUUGUACCGACUUCCCCUGAAUUGUGUGUUGUCUUUCCUUCCACCGAAGUUAACACUUGUCUAUUAUCUGUUGUUGUUGUUAUUAGGUGCCAUCGAGUCUAUUAUCUAGUUAUUGAUCUUCCAUCCCCACCCCUCCCCUCCCUUGUAACCAUCAAAUAUUAUUUUUUUCUGUGUGUAAACAUUUUCUUGGGUUUUUAUAAUAGUGGUCUCAUACAAUAUUUGUCCUUUUGUGAUUAACUUAUUUCACUCACCAUAUCGCUGGAAUUUUUAUUGAAUUAACCUUCGAUUAGCAAAUUAUUCUGGGAUGGAUUGUAAUCUUUUUAAUACUCAAUAUGUUUCUCCUAAGAAGAUAAUGUUUACGAAUUUAUGGAUUUUAUUAUAACUCAGUUAGAAUUUGUGUUUUCUUAUAAAGUAUUCUUAUUUCUUGUCAAGGCUGUUUCUUUGUAUUUUAUGGUUUUUGUAAUCAUUAUUACCCUAUGGGGCAGUUCUACUCUCUCCUACAGGGUUGCUAUGAGUCAGAAUUGACUCGAUGGUAACGGGUUUGGUUGGUUUUU